AUGAUGGCCGGAAAAGUAAUGGAGACGGACGAACAGAAUAGAAUAAGGUUUCAAGUAGAACUAGAGUUCGUUCAAUGCUUAGCAAACCCUAAUUACAUUCAUUUUUUAGCACAGAGGGGCUAUCUUAAAGAACAACCAUUCAUAAAUUACUUAAAGUAUCUACAGUAUUGGCGCGAUCCAGAAUAUGCCCGCUAUCUUAAGUACCCUAUGUGCCUACACUUCCUAGAACUAUUGCAGCAUGAAGCCUUCCGACGGGAAUGUGUAUCGGCUCAGGUGUGCAAGUUUAUGGAUGACCAAGCUAUUCUGUUGUGGCAACAUUAUACUCGGCGACGAACGCGUACUCUACAGCCCCCGGAUACACCAGCGCCGCCCGCAGCGGGAGCUCCGCCCCAUCCACCGGCAAGACAGCAGUCUUGA